UUUCUCGGUAAAUGUCAGUUUGAUAUUGCGGUUUGCGGUAGUCAGUGACUGCUUAGUGUGUAUUUUCCGCAUUGACAAUAUUUGAUCAUUUUCGCACUUUCACCCGUUAAUUGUAAUCACAUUGUGUAAUAAGUAAUUUUAUAACCGUGUCAUAAUAACAGUUGCAACGUGUGUUUACCGAAGGCGACGGAGAAAUUUAUCAAAACCGUGUGGGCAGUGUUUUUUCGUCGAAGACUUGUUUUUUCUGUGUUUCGUUUUGAUUUUUGGCGCAACCUGUUUGGGAAUUUUGAAUUGACUGUAAACAAGACAGAAUGGGAGUGAUGGCGCGGUAUCGUUGUACAAGUACCCACUGACAAUGAUGGGCCACUUCCAUCGACCACCUUCCUUGCACAUCACUUUCUCCCAGCGGUCCGCGUGUGCGCACGCGCCCUGCAUGCCUUGAUGGGCGGCUCCGGAAGCGCAGGAGGCGGGCGCGCGUCUCGCGUCCUGCGCCUCCUUCUACUCUUCGUGCUGGCGCUAGCAGCAGUGGAGUACCUCUUCGGCUCCAUCCUCGACGCCUCCCCGCUCAGGACCUACUUAAAUUCCGACAAAAUACAACUGUUAACUGGUAAUCGUGGAGCCACGCUGAAUAUGGUAAAACCAGCCACAGUGAACACAACAAAUAUGGUACCUGAGGGCAAGAAUACAGUAACACAUUACAACCAGACUAUGGCCACCAAAGUGAUAUCCGAGCCACCGCAGACGUCACAAACCUCCAUACUCCUAACCAGGUUGAUGGAGAAUCUUAACAACGAAACUACGGUGGACAUGGGUAGUGGUAACAGAAAUGAUUCGGGCAGUCUACCGCUAUGUGAACUUCCUACUGACUUGGGCCCCAUAAAAGCCAAUAAAACUGACAUGGAAUUAGCGACUGUAGAAAAGAAGUUCCCAGAAGUUCAGUUCGGAGGUAGAUACAGUCCUCCCAACUGCACCGCGAGGCAUAAAGUCGCUAUCAUAGUGCCAUACAGAGAUCGACAGCAACAUUUAGCAGUAUUUGUAAACCACAUGCAUCCCUUCUUGAUGAAGCAACAAAUAGAAUAUGGAAUAUUCAUUAUUGAACAAGAAGGUGAAAAACCGUUCAACCGUGCCAAGCUAAUGAACGUGGGUUACGUGGAGAGUCAGAAAAUGGAGCCAAACUUCACUUGUUUCAUCUUCCACGACAUCGACCUGCUGCCCACUGACACCAGGAACGUCUACUCCUGCACGACACAGCCGCGCCAUCUGUCGGCAGCUGUCGAUGUCUUUAAAUAUAAGUUACCAUACAAGAACUUAUUCGGUGGUGUGUCAGCAAUGACCAAUGAGCAGCUGCGCAAAGUGAACGGCUACUCGAACAAGUACUGGGGGUGGGGGGGCGAGGAUGAUGAUAUGGCGGAUAGGUUAAAAAUAAAUAAUUACCACAUAGCAAGGUAUCCGAUGUCUAUAGCGCGAUACGAGAUGUUGACUCACAAGAAACAACGACCUAAUCCUAAAAGGUAUCAGCUUCUGUCGCAAAGUAAAGCAUUCCUCAAAGACGGCCUGUCUAAUCUCGACUACAAAGUGAAACAAGUGAUAAACUAUCAUCUCUACACUCAUAUAUUAGCAAAUAUAGACGAGCAUAGCUGAUGGACAUAUUUCGCCAAGCUACUGUUUGGCGAUGAUCGGUAACACACGCUCAGUGCACUGACACUACGAUAAUGACAGGUAUCUAGUGUUGCCUGACAAAAAAAAUACCUUUCUACGGUAGAAAAUGGAAGUUUGAAAACUACCAAAUUCGUGAAAACGCAAACGGACUGUUAUAAAACGUCUUGUCAAUUGUGAUUGUGCAACAAUUAUGAUUACAAUGUUAUGUAAUGUUAUUAAAUGAAGUAAUUAAUUGUAAGUAGAUAACGACUGUUGUUUCAACAUUUUCUAAUCAUUCCACGUUUUUCUAUGUCAUAACUUUACUAGUAAGUUACUCAAUCUAAAUAAAUGGCAACACUAGGAAUUUGUCUGCUGUUUAUAAACAUAGAUGCUUAAGAAAAAAGGCGUUUUUAUUAAUUUAAUUCUUCAAUAUAGAAUGUAAAUUUUAAGUUAAUAUUUGAGAUAUUUUUACUUUCGUUGUAAUAAUAUCAUCCAAAUGUAUUGUAAGAAAAUGUAUGCGUUAUAAAUGUUUAUUAUUUUAUUUGUAACUUAUUAGGUAUACGAUAUCUAUAUAUAAAUAUUUUACACCAUUUAAUUGUGAUCUUAUUUCGUGCUUUUAAAAAAAUCGUAUGUAAAUUUAUGACAAAUGGCUGAGCAAGAAUAUAAUAAAAUUGAAGACUAAUUCGAUUGGUUACGCCUGUAAGUUUGACAAAGGAAAAUUUGAUGUAAAAAGAUGUAUAUAUAUAAAGAAGAUAGUGUAGAUAUGCGAGGAGGGCAUUUUAUUAUGUAAAGUACAGAGUGACAAUAUAGUACAUAAAACAAUUCUACUUAGAAUUAUUAUUACGCUCAGAGCGUAGGUGAUGGAAGUACAUUUACUACUGAAUAAUAUAAUAUUAUACUUAUUAACUAUUAAACAUUAUGUAAUAAAAUUCAUCAGAGCAUUUGGUAGGAAAGAUAUAAUUUCUAAAAAUUUAUUGACACGUUCAUACAGUGUUUUUAAUUACUAGAGUAUAUUCUGCUCUCUCUCUCUACUACUCUGCUAGACUCUCUACUACUACUCUACUAGAGUGUAUUCUUAACGAAAUCGAAACGAGACAGCGUUCUGCGCUCUGAUUGGUUGAUUCAUUGGAGCCGACCAAUCAGAGCGCCGACUGCGGUCUCGUUUCGAUCUUGUUAAAACUAUCUCGUACUAAGCCAUCAAGUUAUUUUCAACAUUUUUGAUGACAGCACUGAUAGACAGCAAAGAAGAGUGUUUGCAAUAUUUACAUGUCAGUUACGAAACAAAAAUAAAAAUUUAUUAAAUGUUCAUCUACCUAUCCAAUGUAGGUAGGUAGUUAGAAUAAUAUCUUGGGACAGAACAGAGCAUUUUUACAAAUAAAUUUGAUUAAACGAAAUUGUUCCUAUAUGGAACUGAAGGUCACCCCUACCUCUACACUCGUCGUACUAGAAGCUACUCGAAAAGUCACAUCUUUAGAAGAUAAUUUUAUAUAUCUUCUAUAUUGUAUAUUAUAUGACAUGACAUACCGUUACGCCUUUUAUUACACAAAGGGACAAGUAUGAGAUUCUUUUUGCCACUUGUAUGUCCCAUAUAAUAGGAGGUUUAGUAGUCCUGUGCCCAUACAAAUAUUUUUUAAUUUAAAAAUCCAGUGCAAGAGGGACGGAGCUAUGUAGGUUGUAUAGCUCCUUUCCUCUUGCACUGCUCAAUGAUCGACCAUUCUGACACAAUUGUUAUAGCAGACUAAGGCCCCUGUAAUGUGUUUUUGAGAAUCUAACCCAAGAUACCUUACUCAGCAGUGGCUGGCGAACGCAUGACUGAUAAAAAAAAUUGAAUUGUUUAUAAUGUGAUUUUCGACAAUAUUUCUCAAUAAUGCUGAAGUCUACCAACCAGUGUUUCCAAGCCAAGCUUCAUUUAAAUCAUUAACUUUGUUAUAUUUAUUCUUCUUCCAAUAAUUUGGACAUGAAUUGAUCGAGACCAACUCGUAAAUACUCGUACCAACCAUGUAACUAAGUAAAUAACGAGAACAAUAACAUUGCUCCCAGUUUUCUGGUACUAAAACCACUGUAUGACCUAUUACUUAAAAUAAUGUGCCGAAAAACGGGGUGAGUAGAAUUCAAAUGGGUGAGAAGAUGUUAGAACAUUUCCCCAACAUUUAUUCUCCCCUCAUACGUUAUCUAUUCACCUCUCGAAUUCUGUGUUGCCAUUAUUUGGAGUAAAUUAUAUUACUAAAAGACAAAAGUAUUUAAAAUUCAUGUUAUAAAUAAUUUUAUUUCGUGAUAUAGUAAUUUAUAUUUUUUUUAUCUAUGUACAUUUAUUAUAUUACUAGCUUCCACCCGCGACUCCGUCCGCGCGGAUGUCGGUCUUCGCGUGGAUGUUUUAUUUCUCCAUUUUGAGUAACUCUGACAAUGACAUCUUAUAGAUAUCAAUUGGACCCAAAUACGGCUAGGCCCAUAAUAAUUAAGGAGAUCCCUCUAUUGAGCUACUGCUGUUGAGCUCGCGUUCUGUAGUAAGUAUUUUUUUCAUAGUAAUUCCGACCUUGAUAAGUAGCAUGUAGCAGUAAAUUACUGACAGUGACGAAAAGUUUGCAAAAAUAAAAAAGUGAUCGUGACAAUGCGACAGAAAGUUAAUUGAGAGCUUCAGCAUACACAACAUUGUUAGUGAGCUCGUCCGGAAUAUGAACAUGAAGAUUUCUUGGACUGCUCACACAGGAAACAGCUACCUACGUAAAGUUAGCUGGAUUCACGCGCACUUUAUUUAAUCUAUGGCGGUGAUCUCCAGUAUGGCUUGAAACUAGUCGAGUUCCUCGUCAAAUAGUUACGUGAGUAAGCAGACAUCUAUAAUUUGCACCGUGACUUUUAUGUCUUUUUUAUCAUAUGAUUUUUUAUGUUUAUUGUUUUUUAAAUGGUGCAAAUAAACUGAUUCCUUUUUUUCUUUCUUUCUUAUAAUAAUUAAUUUAGUAUCUCACGAAAGUUAUAAUACAAUAAAAAGUUUAUUUACCGUUUACGUUUUAAGUAUAGCAUAGAUAGUCAUUUUAUCAGGAAAAAGGCCUAAAUGGAAAUAAUAAUAAUACAAAACGUUCACUUAUGGUGCUGCUAAGCAGUUACGGAAUAUUAAAAUAUACUAUACCAUGUUUAGCUCAACUUAAAAUUAAAAAAUUAUAAAAAUCAAAAUAAAAAGAAUCAUGUACCUAUAAUACCUGCCAGGUUUUGUCUAUUUCUACGAAAAAAAAUGUUACAUGACUGACAUAAGACAGAUGACAGAUGUCACUUCAAGCGUGACACUUGCUCCUGUCAAUUUAUAAAAAAUAAUAAUGUACAGUGUCGCCAUUUAUGUCUACACCUGUUAACAACACACAUUUCAUUUAAAGUAUUUACUCUGUAAAAUAAUUAUAAUUCCUGUGGAUAGUCAACACUAUGUAAUAACAAAUGAUUCGCUAUUAUAAAUCCCUUCUGGUAAUAAUCUUCAUAAUAAUAUUUAAUUAUGUUUGCAAAUCAUAUAUUGUUGAUAUAAAGUAUUCUACUAAAUUAGUCAUCGCGAAAUAUCCAUUAGUCAGGCUGACAUGAAUUGGUAUCUGAAGUGCUAGUAAAAGCAUAUCGCUGUCCUUAUCACUCACUGAAGUUUGAACUUACCUCUCACUCAUUUAGUCCCACGAUAAAGAGGCCAAGACUCAUUGAACUAAUUAUGUAUUACUGUAUUAGCUGGUUCGUGUAUUAAAAUAAAAUAAAUGCUGUACCAAUAUUCCAUACGAUGUAAAAAUGUUUUAUACUAAAUCUAUGUACUUAUUAAAUAAAUAAAUAAAAUUGUAAAUAGCUUUUGUAGUUAGAUAGACAAACUUAUUUAGCAAAAUACAAUUUAAUUUAGAAAUUAUAUCCUUACUGUUCAAAGCUUUAUGUUAAAACAAUUCUAAGGGCUUAUGUAGACAAGCAAUGUCAAGCUGUGUACACAAGCCCUAAUGUAUACCUACGUAAGUUACUUUUAAACAAUCUUCAUACCAAUUUCUUUAAGCAUAGAGUUUAUUUUUGUGUAUUUCUACAUUGUAAGGUUUUUUAUGACUGCUCUUAUGAAGUUGUAGAUUGCUUUAUUUGUUCAAUAUAAAUUGUUAUCAGUUAAUACUAAUGUGCCAAUGUAAAAGCCCGCGCAUAUUAACCACAGAGAAAACCGAAUCUGUAAUGGUGAAAAAUAACGCGAGGUUGAAUAAUAAUCGACCAUAUGAUAACCCUAACUUAAGGUUGAAUAUCGCUUGCGCUUAUUUCAGUAUGGCUGCGUUAAUUUUUUAACUAUUUUUUAUUUUUUUCUGGAACUGAGUCUUAUCAUUGUCUCUGUGAAGUGAAUUCCUUUGUUAUUUUAAUUUAAACCUUAUUCACUUAAUUUUAAGGGAUACAAUGUGAUACAUCUGUUUAUGAGUGAAAGAUACACGCCAUUGCCCAGUAAAAAAAAAUUACGCGCCUUUGCGUAUUUGCAGUUCUGUCAACCGAUUGUAACUCUUAUAGCUAAAGAGAAAAAAAGACAGAUUUGAACAGCACCAAAUUUUUGGUUUGCUCUUAAAAUAUUUGAAUGUAAAACCAUUCUUAUGCCUAAGUGAAUAGAACACACAAUUGUUUAAAAUUACUGUAAAAUUAGAAAGUUUGUUUAUAGAACUAUUUAUUUUUCUGAAGUCUAAUUAUUGGGCAAUGGUGUGUACUUUAUUAGGCCUAAUAGCAAUGAUAUGUAUAUUUAGAUUGAGCUAGAAACUGGAAAUGGAAUGGACAUCGUAAUUGUAAACCCCGUGACGUCAGAUUUUUAUAUUUUAAGUAAUUUCUAUAUUUUAAUUAUUAUUUUAUGAAAUGGAUGAACGCUUGCCCUUUUCAGUAAUAAGUAUAGUAAAAUUUUAGUUUUUUAUUCUAUUUUUUACGUCUAUUGAUUGAUUGACUGGACCAAGCUUAGCCUACAAACUUUAAAGUUUAAUGCUCAAAAUUAUUGGCAACUCAACGCAGACUUGCUAAUGUUGCCAUAUUAAAAUUACCCCUAGUCAUGGGUAGGAAUUAAAAAAAUCCUACCUAUAUUUUAUUACUGUCCCCUUUAAAGUUUGUAGGAUAUGUAAAGUCUUCUAAAUUAUGAAAUAAAUUUUAUAUUUACAUAUUUUUAUAAUGAUUUAAAUCCUUAUUUCUGUAAUUAAUUUUAGCCAAAUACCUAAUAUAGUAAUAACCAAAUGUAUUUAUUUUUUUAAUUUUGCUUUCCAUAAGUACUUGGAUACUGUACUUGUAUUAAAAUGUAUGAUAAUAAAUGAAUUAAAAUAAAACCAAAUUACCUAUGUGGGUGGCAAAAAUGGUACUAUUAGACAUCAGUACCAAAUGACAAUAUUUAUACUGUUUUACGAAGAAACUAGUGACAUCGUCAGCUGCAUAGUUAAAUUGGUUUUAGGUACUAUAGUAAAAUAUUUGUACCUGUUUUUACUGAAGGUAUGUGCGAAAAAUUUAAAGGCCUACUUGACAUCACAAUAAUAGAUAAUUAUAUGAAGUAACUAUGUAUUCAAAUUACUGAUUACGAAUUCCUGUACUCGCGUUUAUAAAUACAAUGGGUGCUACCGUUUUUUGUCACUAGAUGGCGCAAAAUGCAGAAAGAGAUUUUUUGUCCAAUCACUGCAACUCAAAUAUUGACAUCCAAUAGUGAGACAUUCGCUAAUUCCCUAUUGGACGUGAAACGAGAGGUUCACACUACCGCCAUCUGUUGGGCAAAAUACAGUAGCUCCCAUUGAUAAAUACAUAGUUUUAGUGUUACUCCGCUUAGACGAAAUUCUUUAUAAAUAAACCUUAUACCCUACAUUAGAUAACGAUAGCUUAGACCAUGAGUUACUUAAAGAAAAGUGAUAUAAAUAAUAGAUUUUAUUUCAGAAAAAUGUUUUAAGUAAAUAAAAUGGUUUGUUUUUAUUUA